AUGGCGCGGCCCGGGGUGCUGCUCUGCUGCUGCGCCGCGGCGCUUCUGGCAGCGUGGUGGGGCAGCGCCAACGCCAGUCUGAGCUCGCCUCCCACUGGCGCCCCGCUGGAGGACGAGGCGGAGAACCAGGAGAACAUUCUCUCGCAGUUGCUAGGUGACUAUGACAAGGUGAAGGCGGUGUCCCAAGGCUCAAACUGCCACUGCAAGUGUGUGGUGAGACCCCUUGGCAGAGGAGCAUGUCAGAGGAUCAACGAGGGCUCUUACAAAGCUGAGGAUUUUUACAUGGUGGAAACAAUCACUUCUGGACCAGAAUGCAAGUGCUCCUGUGUGGCUCCACCAUCUGCUCUCAAUCCCUGUGAAGGUGACUUCAGGCUGAAGAAAUUGCAGGAAGCAGACAACAAGGACUUCAAGCUUGCAGCUGUCAUUGAGAUGCUAGAAAAUGCUUUCUAUGGUUUAGACUUGCUAAAACUGCAUUCUGUUACAACGAAACUUGUGGGUCGUGUGGAGAAACUGGAAGAGAAAAUGUCUAGAAACGUUACCAAAGACAAUAAACAGAAAAGGCAGAAUGCAGAAGAAAGUUUUCAGGAGGUGGAUAUUGAUAGGACAAUUAUUUCUCCCAACAACCAUGCUGACAGCCAGAGUUCAUUGCAGAGGGAUGCUGCAGCAGCUUACACACUCACAGAGGAAAAAUAUGAAGAGGUUUUCGUACAUGAUGAAAAUGCUUCUCGGGAUAUAAGCUCUGCUGAGUCGUUGCAUUAUGCGCUCCCAGCUACAGGGGCAAUGAAUCCAAAGGCAGUUUCACCAAGAAAACUUCACGUGAGGAGCAGGCCUCCCAUCCGAGAAAUCACUUACUAUAAGGCCAAAGAUGCUGAAACAGAAAAUGACCUUGAAGAUCCAGAAGAAGAGUCUUUUAGUGGUGAUACUAUAGAUUUGCUGAUUGAGGACCAGCUUUUGCAACACAACUACCUGUCAAACGUUCCUUCAAGGAAACCACCACCUAUGGAAGAUCUGCUUUUACAUGAUGAUAUUCAACUCCUGAAGGUGCAUGUUACAAGCACUGCACCCAAUGGAAAAGAAACAUCUGCGAGCAUUACCACAACAACAGAAUCACCACUGUCUUCCACAGGCAGGUUGCUUCCUCUAGAGUCAACCCCAGUCACUACCUCAUCAGUUGUCUCUACCAGUACUACCCAAGUCCUGGAGACCACAGCAACAGCUGAAUUUCCAGUAACUGGGGCAGCAGAUAAAAAUACCACAUGGACCUUGAAAACACUGCCUCAGAUUGCCACUCAGGCUCCCACAAUCACAACUACAGCAAAACAGAACACAGCUACUAUGGGGGGACCCAUAAUUAGCAUGUCCACAACAGAUUUCCAUAUACAGGUGACGCCUGAGCCUACAUCGAGUACCAUGAUCAAAGCUGUGACCUCUAAAGCCUCUGUGAAUCCUAGCCUUACUGUCACACCAAAAUAUAGCCUCGAUGAGGAAGAUAUAAGAAACACCAUUGGUCAAUGCAAGGACACUUUGUCCACUAUUACUGGGCCAGUAAUUCAGAAUACCUAUGGGCGGAAUGAAGGUGCUUGGAUGAAGGAUCCCGUUGCCAAAGAUGAGCGAAUCUAUGUCACCAACUAUUAUUAUGGCAAUACCUUGGUGGAAUUCCGGAAUCUGGACAGCUUCAGACAAGGCCGAUGGAGUAACUCGUACAAGUUGCCCUACAGUUGGAUGGGAACAGGCCAUGCUGUCUUUAAUGGUUCUCUCUACUACAACCGAGCCUUCACCCGCAACCUCAUUAAGUAUGACCUAAAGCAGCGCUAUGUGGCUGCCUGGGCCAUGUUGCAUGAUGUAGCCUAUGAGGAGGAGACCCCUUGGCGUUGGCGCGGCCAUUCAGAUGUAGAUUUUGCUGUGGAUGAAAAUGGCCUAUGGAUCAUUUAUCCUGCCAUUAAUUAUGAUAGCUUCAACCAAGAGGUGAUUGUCCUCAGCAAACUCAAUGCCAUGGAUCUGAGCACCCGUAAGGAGACCACUUGGCAGACGGGUCUGCGCAAGAACUUCUAUGGCAACUCCUUUGUCAUCUGUGGUGUCCUCUAUGCUGUUGACAGCUACAACAAGAGAAAUGCUAAUAUUUCAUAUGCAUUCGACACACACACCAAUACCCAGAUCAUCCCCCGCCUGCUCUUUGAAAAUGAGUAUUCCUACACCACUCAGAUAGACUACAAUCCCAAGGAUCGGCUCCUUUAUGCUUGGGACAAUGGCCACCAGGUUACUUACAAUGUCAUUUUUGCUUAUUAAGGACACAAGGGAGUGAUUUUAGUGGGCCACAGCACCUUUUUUAUAUAAACAUGCUUGUUUUUAAUUCUAUAAAUCAGAGUAAAUGUGUGGGUUUUAAAAAAGUUUUUUAAAAAUAAAAUUGGACUGUAGAACAGUCCAUAUACCAAAUCAACCCUUUUAUUUUGGGUAUACAGUAACUUUUUAUAUUGAAUAUAUUGCCUACCCUGAAACAAUGGGACCUCUGUCUUCAUUAACUCUGCCAAGUGCAGACACCCCAAAGGGGAAAACCACAGGUCUUUUGCCUUUUCUUAUUGUAAUAGAAAAUUUGGUUUGGAUGAGAAACCCCUCCAAAGUUAACAUUUUAUAAUAAAAUAUCAGUGUUGAAACUCAAUAAACUAAUGUCCUG